AUGCAGUAUGAGCUCUAUGGCACCACGUUGGAGGAGCUGAAGCAAAAAGCUAGAGGGUUACUUACCUCUGAAAAAGAACCUUGUGCUCAAUUGAAGCUUAUUGAUUCAAUGCAGCGACUGGGGGUGGCUUACCAUUUUGAAGAAGAGAUCCGAGAUAGUCUUAAUCAAGUUCGUGAUGUAGUGAUGGGUGAUUUAUACACAACUGCAUUGCAAUUUCGACUUAUGAGAGAACAUGGUCAUCCAAUUUGCUCAGGCGUGUUUGACAAAUUCCAAGAUGGGAAUGGGAGAUUCAUGGACAGCUUAAGCAAGGAUGUGACAGGUCUUUUGAGUUUGUAUGAAGCUUCACACCUUGGAAUGAACAGUGAAGAUGAUUUGGAAGAAGCCAAGAACUUCAGCAUUAAACAUCUAAUGUCCUUAGCUGGAAAGUGGUGGAAGGACUCUGGAUUUAAGAAAACUUGA